AUGUCUACUGUUACUCCAGUCAAAUUAGCUGAAAAAGAUCAUGAAAGAGAUCAACAAUUCACCAAGGCAAUGCAUGGUAAAUCAUACAAAAAAACUGGUUUAUCCGCUUUAAUGGCCAAAUCAAAAGAUGCUUCUAAUGUCGCUGCCGAAGGUUAUUUCAAACAUUGGGAUGGUGGUGUUUCUCAAGAAGAUGAAAAGAAAAGAUUGGGUGAUUAUUCUCAAUUAACUCAUCAUUAUUAUAAUUUAGUCACUGAUUUUUAUGAAUAUGGUUGGGGUUCUUCUUUCCAUUUCUCAAGAUAUUAUAAAGGUGAAGCUUUUAGACAAGCUACUGCUAGACAUGAACAUUUCUUAGCUCAUAAGAUGAACCUUAAUGAAAACAUGAAGGUUUUGGAUGUUGGUUGUGGUGUUGGUGGUCCAGGUAGAGAAAUUACCAGAUUUGUUGAUUGUGAAAUUGUUGGUUUAAAUAAUAAUGAUUAUCAAAUUGAAAGAGCUAAUCAUUAUGCUCAAAAAUAUAAAUUAGAUCAUAAAUUAUCUUAUGUUAAAGGGGAUUUCAUGCAAAUGGAUUUCGAACCAGAAUCUUUUGAUGCCGUUUAUGCUAUUGAAGCUACUGUCCAUGCUCCAGUUUUAGAAGGUGUCUAUUCUGAAAUCUACAAGGUUUUAAAACCAGGUGGUGUCUUUGGUGUUUAUGAAUGGGUCAUGACUGAUGAAUAUGAUGAAACCAAUGAAGAACAUCGUAAGAUUGCUUAUGGUAUUGAAGUUGGUGAUGGUAUUCCAAAGAUGUAUAAGCGUGAAGUUGCAGAACAAGCUUUAAAGAAUGUUGGAUUUGAUGUUGAAUAUGAAAAGGAUUUAGCUGAUGUUGAUGAUGAAAUCCCAUGGUAUUAUCCAUUGAGUGGAGAAAUGAAGUAUUGUCAAACUUUUGGUGAUUAUUGGACCGUUUUCAGAACUUCUAAACUUGGUAGAUUAAUCACUACUGAAGCUGUUGGUUUAAUGGAAAAAAUUGGUUUGGCUCCAAAGGGUUCUAAACAAGUUACUUUUGCUUUGGAAGACGCUGCUAUUAAUUUGGUUGAAGGUGGUCGUAAGAAAUUGUUUACCCCAAUGAUGUUAUACGUUGCCAGAAAGCCAUUAGAAGCUUCUGAUUAG